AGGAGCUGCUCAUUUGAAUGAGCGGCUCUAGUGGAGCGAGCUCCGUCAACGAAGCUGCGGAUGAUGGAAUUUCUGCUGCACGCUGCAGCUGCAGGUACGGCUCUGUCUCUCUACGAAAUUAGUUAAAACACGCGACAACCGCCCGAUACAACGAGAUGUUUUGCACGAAGCUCAAAGAGCUGCAAAUAUCUGGAGAUUGUCCAUUCUCCAGCGGCGCCAAAAAUAACGAGCUGAGAGACUUGGAGGAGCGCUCCACGGAUGCCGCGGACGUGCAGCCCAUCUCUAAAGAUGUGCACGGGAUGAAAGGUGAAGAUGUGAAGCACCAGAGGAGCGCCAGAGCCAAAGUUAACCUUCAUACACUUGGGGAUAGUGUCCGCAAAUUAGCGUGCCCCGAGUUUCAAAGGCUUCACGCUGCCCUCCUCAGACUGAUGCGGCCGUCAGACCAGAGCGCGGAUCCUGCUCAGAGUUCAGUCUGCUGCUCUGGAUCGUGCAUCGAGGAGGUGGAACAUUUGGUCGAGAUGAUGGACAAUUAUUCAGCCAAAACAGCAAUACCCCCAGAAGCCGUACAAGUAGCUCUUGGCCAGCAGCUCUUUGACAUGUGUUACGAAGAAGAUGGCCACAUUCUGCGCGUGGUGGGGGGAGCUCUCCACGACUUCCUCAACAGCUUCAAUGUCUUGCUGAAACAAAGCAGUUCAGACCGGGGAGAAGACUGUGCCAAUGAGCCAUCCGUUCUGUGCUUGGAUAAGGACCCAGGCUUGCUCACGGUCUACUUUUUCAACCCCCGCCCAACCACGAAGCUGUUCUUUCCUGGUGUCAUCAAAGCAGCAGCUAGUGUGCUCUACCAGACCACUGUAGAUGUGCUCCAAGACGCCCCAAGCGCCAAAGACAGCAUCCUCCAAGCGAGCCCUCAACCCAGUCUUCUCUAUACUGUAGUAGUCAAAGAUGCUAAAAGCCUGAGCCCUAGCCCACUACGCGCUACCUCAGCCGGGACCCUCCCUACCUCUCUGUUUUCAACCAUCUUCCCCUUCCACCUCAUCCUCGACCAGAACUUAGUGCUGAUGCAGAUUGGGCACGCUCUUCGAAAAAGACUGAUCAGGAAGGAUGGAGUGAACAAAAGAGCCGCCACUUUUCAAGAACACUUCCUCAUUGUUUCCCCUCAGAUUAAAUGCUCCUUCCAAGGCAUCCUCACCAUGCUGAAUACACAGUUUAUCAUUCGGAUCAAGCAUUCUAGUGCAGACAGUACAGGGAAGCAAAUGGAUCUCAAGGGUCAGAUGAUCUAUGUAUCCGAGUCUAACGUCAUUCUGUUCCUGGGAUCUCCGUGUGUGGACAAGCUGGAGGACCUGACUGGCCGUGGGCUGUAUCUCUCUGACAUCCCCAUCCACAAUGCCCUUCGCGAUGUGGUACUGGUGGGAGAGCAAGCCAAGGCUCAAGACGGUCUGAAGAAGAGACUGGGAAAGGCCAAGGCAGCUCUGGAGCACGCUCACCAGGCUCUGGAGGAGGAGAAGAAGAAGACAGUGGAUCUCUUGUUUUCCAUCUUUCCUCGUACAGUGGCGCAGCAGCUGUGGCAGGGUCAGACCGUCCAGGCGAAAAAGUUUGACAGAGUGACCAUGCUGUUUUCCGAUAUAGUUGGCUUCACAGCUGUCUGCUCCAUCUGCACGCCAAUGCAAGUGAUCACCAUGUUGAACGAGCUCUACACCAGGUUUGACCAUCAUUGUGGAGAGCUGGAUGUUUACAAGGUGGAGACCAUUGGAGAUGCUUACUGUGUAGCCGGGGGCUUACAUAAAGAGAGUGAAACACACGCCGUGCAGAUCGCUCUUAUGGCUCUGAAGAUGAUGGAGCUGUCAGAUGAGGUCAUGACCCCAACUGGGGAAGCAAUACAGAUGCGAAUAGGCCUUCACAGUGGUUCAGUCUUGGCUGGAGUUGUGGGGGUUAUGAUGCCACGUUACUGCCUUUUUGGAAACAAUGUCACACUGGCGAACAAGUUUGAGUCAUGUAGUCAACCGAGAAAAAUCAACAUAAGCCCUACAACUUACAAUUUGCUGAAGGAUCGCCCCGAGUUUGUCUUCAUUCCCAGGACCAGACAGGAGCUUCCGGUCAACUUCCCACAUGACAUCCCUGGUGUGUGUUACUUUUUGGAGUCUUCUUCGAAAACGUCCAAUCUGCCUCUCACAUAAAGUCGAAGUCCAGCGCCAUUUUCCAAGACUGUAACAACAAACAAAACAAAACAAACCAACGUCGUGUUUUGUGCAAGCAGUGCAAAUUUUACAGUUAGGUUUGUCUAGAUCUUGGUGAUAUUGUGUUAUAAACCAGUUUGUGCAAAUGCAUUAAUUAGAAUCAUUUUCUUGUCUGGUAUUGUGUUCCAAACUACAUCUGUGCAAUGGUAGUAGAGAGACGUAUUUAUGCUGUUUUUUUCCACCGGGUUAUCCUCCUUACAUAUGUUUGAGACUGUUGUCUGCAUCCACUGACAUUUACAAGUGAGAAAAGUUUCUGUUGCCAAGUUUGAAGCAAUUCAGUUACUAUUGUCUGUGUUUUUAGGAUGACUUCUUGACUCAAAUCUCCAUGAAGUUAAUGUGAUGAAGAACUGUUAUUCAAUAUUUGGAUGUUUCUAUAUAUAUAUAUAUAUAUGUCUAUUUUUAUGAACUUUAUUUUCUGUAAAUAACUAAUCCUGCACCUUGACCUGGUAAUAUAUAGCACAUUGACAAAGCACAUAUUCAGCUAACCUUUGAAGUGAGGAUUUGAGAUUUUAGGUGCCUUAUAGAAAGUUCAAAAGCAUACAUUUGUUUUUAGACGUUAUAUAAUAUAUUUGGCUAUUUAUCUUGUUUUAAAAUUAUUUGUAGCUUACACAUGCUUAAUCACACUAUUGUUUUUGGAUAGUAUGUGGUUCCUUAUUUAUAAAAGGACAGUAGCUAAUUUAUUUCACUUACUUACAAUAAGUUACUUAUUUUUCAUUUAAAUAUUAGAUCUAAUAAGACGCCAUUUCUCAUUAUGAAACUAUGAGCGCUUUAACCCUGUAAGACAGAUUUUAUUUAAUACCUAUUAUGUAUUUUCAUCAAUAACCCUAUGGUAUG